AUGUAUGAAAGUAGAAACAAUUCAGUCCCGAGAUCAUUGUAGUAGUUGCAAUACUUAAAGCAAUAUCAUAUCAUGGAUAUAACCAAUGAUUAAUAAUAGAUAGCGAAUUAUCUUGAUGUUUUAAAUUAGGAAACAGACGUAUAUUAUCUUUUUGACUCUUUCCAUUCUCUUCUGAAUUCAGUUAAAUAAGCAGAAGAAGCAAAGAUAACUAAUAAGCCAAGAUAAAAUACAAUUGACUGGUGGAAAUUAACUAAUCAAUCUUACAGCUGGGCAGGUUUAAAAAAUAUCAAAGGGAUUUCGAAUACUCCCUCGAAAAUAAGAGUAACGAAUGACAGCAGUCAUGCCAGGUAGAUCGGACAAGUUGAGUUAUAGGUAUUCAGUGAAAAGGAUCUAGAACCCAAUAAGUAGGAUAGGACUUUGCUUAGUGUAUACUAACUGUAAAAUAAGUAUUACAAAUGUCACAUGGGAUUCUGCCAGUUAUAGAAAUUGGAAGGGUAAGUAGUAAUCAUUAAUAAAUUAUACAUUGCCAAAUGGUAUAGAAAGGUGGGUAACUACUUAGAAUUGAUACAAGAAUUUAUCAAAUAUAUCUUGAAUGUGUUGUCGGCAUAGAGAGUGAAGAUCAAAAUUAAUUCUAGUUAAGGAUCACAAAUCAAGUAUCUCCAAUAAUUAGGAUUCAAAUUAUCCUAAACUAUUCCAUUAAUAAAUGAUCUCAAAAUAUUUACUUUAAUUUUAGACAAAUAAUGA